GACCACUGUCCUCAAGUGGAUUUCAGUGCUACCCUUGCAUUCAGAGGGAAACGGCUGCUUAACCACACGAUAAAAGAAAUUGACAUCGUCGCAAAGGACAUCUGUGAAGCAGUGUGCUUCAUGGUGCCCACUUGUGUCAGCUAUAAUAUACUAGUAUCCAGUGAUUCUCCACCGAUCACCAAAUGCGAGAUGAAUGACGCUACACAUUUUGAAUACCCGAGUGAUCUGGUGUCAUUUCCAAACAGCACCUAUCGUGGAUCCAAGGUAUGUUUAUAACAUAUAACGAUUAGGAUAAGGUAGGCCUUCUUUUGUCCUAUCCGUAUGUCUUUGUCACAAUUCAAUUUUUUACUAGUUUAUUCAUGUCCUUUUUUUUUCGACUGUAAAUAUUUUAAAAUCAUACAUGUGAACUGCAGUUUAAGAAAUGAAUUUGAAAGCGAUCUUCACAGUAAUGAACAGUACUUAGGCAGUAGUGGUAAUAGAGCGUGAAAAAAAUUCAGGCAUGUACGGGAUUUUAACCUAUGACCUCUGUGAUACCGGAGCAACGCUCUUCCAAAUGAGCUAACAAGCCAACUGGGAGCUGGUCCGCAGUUCACCUUUAUGAUUUUCGUAUAUUUAAAGUCAUUUAUUCUUCCCUACACGGUUUAUUUGGAACCAACAUAAUGACCAGCUCCCAGUUGGCAUACAAGACAGUCAGGUUAAGUGCUUUCAACCAUCAUUGUUUACAAUUAACACGACUGGUACAGAGACGUAGAUUACAAAAUAACGCUUCUCGUUAUCUCACCAAAGUUUCGAUAUUCACCGAACAUCAAAGAUACGUUUAUACGUAUGGUUAAAUUUUAUCCUUGAUUAAAUUCAAUUACCCUUUGAAUAUGGAGAGUAUGGUAUUAGUAAACACAGUUUAAGCACCGGAUGAAAAAAACACAAGUCUUGAGCUGCUGUGAAGAUCAUGGGCACUGUCUAAAAGUUUUAUUUUUCCUAUCUUAAUUUUUAAUCUACGAAUUCUUUAAUUAUUUGCCUUUCCCUGAAUUGGAGGAACUUACUAGAGCAGCGGCGGAUCUUGGGAGAAGCCCGGGAGACCGCCCCCCUUAUUUUGGGUAAAAAAUAAAAAAAAUCGCAAAGGAAAGAAAAAGCUGACAGGGAAAGCGACAAAAAACCGCCCCUUCCCCCCCUUCCUCCUUAGCUUAAGGUCUGGAUCCGUCACUGUGGGGGGUCUACGGUAGGGCACUUUUGUUGGAAUUUCCAGUUCUGUCAAAAAAACGGUCAAAAAUUUUCAGCUGACUAUCUUUGUCUGUUUAGUUCUUAUGACCGAUUUAUUUUCAAAGCGGGUAUAUUUAACUCAUUGAUCUUGUAGAGAGUAUGUGCCGUUUAGGUGUCCUGGAAGCACUGCCAACACUUAAUUACCAUUUUUCACUCACGUCUCAUUUAUUCGCCUUCAGAAUGGCUUUGUUAAUUUACCUGCUUACUCUCCCCUCCUAACUUGCAUAGACAUCGCCUUGACUUGGCCAUUUUCGUUUUCUUUGCAAAGAACGCUUGCAUAAAGAAGCCAUGCCCGAGUAAUACGAUCUGCCAAGCUGGUUCCUCCAGUGAGGGGUAUACAUGUGUCUGCGUACCGGGUUACACGGGUAAAGAUUGCACAGAAGGUGAGGCAGAUAUGUGUUUUCAGUACCUAAAUGUUAGCGGUCAUUUGAUGACUAGGAAAGUCGAUAACCGGCUGUUUUCUUUUAAGUCUUUAGCACUGUCCUCGUAUAUUUAUUUUCUCGUCGAGGAUAAAGAAGGACCAGCAGUAAAACUGUGAGAAAAACCUGGGCAAACGUCAGGGGAAGGGGGGAGGGGUGGAAACAGAUGGAAAAACAUCUAUCAAGAAGGGAAUAGCCUCACUGCCGCUUCUCGCAAUGGAAACCUCAGUGAACCCUUGCUGCAACGCAAUCCAGCUUGUAACUCGACGCGUUCACUGUCUCUGACGUUGCGACAGCUUCCCUUGAGUUUUUGGUAAAAAAACAUGACCAAAUUGCUGCGGAGGUUUCCCUGCUAAGAGGACGUAACAGUUGGUUAUUUAACGUUUUUUUUUCUUGAGUGGGACAACUAAGAAAAGUACAAGUUUUAUAACGCGCGUGCUGUUUUUUUUUUUUUUUUGCUCAAUACCUCUUUUGUUUCGCUUCGUCUACGGUCUACGUUCCUAAAGUCCUUAGCAAAUUUAAAAUAUGCGGAUCCUCCUUAAAGGGAAGUUAACUCUUGAAGUUGGUAGCUAAGCGCAGUUCCUCAACAUUAGACUCAUGCCAGAGGCAUUUAAGCCAAAGUUGGAAAAAGAGCUGUGAACACUCCAGAAUGAAGGUAUUCUCACUAAAGUGGAUGGGAGUGAAUGGGCCACACAAAAUGUGCCUGUCCCAGCCACAAGUCACCAGAGAAAGUGCAAGCAGUUUUGAAAGCGCCUCGCCCAUGCAAUUUAGCUGAAGUAAGGUUGUUCCCGGUGUUAGUCAAUUACUACUACAGACUGAACCAGUCGUUAGAGAACAACUCUCUAUGGAAAUGGACAGAACGAUGCGAAACAGCAUUCCACAACCUGAAAGAAAUGAUCACCUCAGAGCAAAUAUUAACACAUUAGGAUCCCACUCUCCCACAAAGGCUUCCUUGUGAUGCAUGCCCUGUGGGAAUUGGUACCGUGCUAUCCCACGUGAUGAAAGACUGAGACACCCAUUGCUUUUGCUUCCAGGACACUCACAAAACUGAAAAAAAUCUUUCACCCUUACACCGAUCGCUAACCGUUAAGAUCUAUCUUCCAUCCACGAAGGAGCGUUCCAGUAAUUACAGUAGCCAGGCUUCGGCGCUAUACAUCAUUCAUGGCUGGCUACGACCACCAAUUCGGGCACAAGAAUACAUAUAAAUCCUCGGAGCGUCAAUCCUGAUAUUUUGUUCGUCUAUAUAUUGAAGACACAAACUGUUUACUGUUUUUUUAUCCCAUUAGUGUAACUGCUGAAUUUGAAGUAAGGAUUCAAACAGCUCAAGGAAUGUCGGAUGGUGGUUCUUACAGUCAGAUUCUUAUUAAUAAAUCAGUUAAUUUAGUAUAAUCACAUAUUAUAUGUAUGGUUAUUUCUUCUGGUGCUGAUACAAGACUGACAAAACAGAGUAAUUAGUAUACGUGGUCUACCAGGUUUUGGAGGGUCUUAAAAAAACCAAUCAUAUCAUUGAACAAAAACCCAAUAAGUGAAAUAACAUUAUUAUACAAAUACUAUCACAAACGGCUUCGAUUGUAUAAAGAAGCUUAUAAGAGGUUCAAGACACUAGAUCUGUUAUGCAAUAUGUCAUCAUCUUGUUUAAUAGUGGGUGGUACUAUAGGUGGAGGGGUAACUACAAGUCCCAUCGUAGUUGGCAUUAUACUUGAUAGUGCUUUGAUAUAAAAAACGCACUGAGAAAUGAAAUAUUUUAAAAAGAUAUGAGUUAAAAUAUGAGUUAUAAGUUGUCUGUGCAUGGUAGAAAAUCGAAACCUUGGUAAUUAAAUUACUUUUUUUUUCUUUGAGACGUUGAUGAGUGCAGUCUGGGAAAACACAAAUGUGAUUCAAAUGCUGAAUGUACAAAUACCCUUGGAUCCUACAGCUGCAAAUGUAAAGAAGGAUUUUCAGGAGAUGGCCAAACGUGCCUAGGUGAGUGUUGA